GUCAUCAGCAUAAUCAACAGAAACAGUCUUCAGCCACUUUACUGUGUUCACUGCAGCGCUGAACAAGUCUGCAAAACUGUUCACACUGAGGUCCAGAUACACAGCGACCAUUUUAGCUUCCCGUAUGGUGCCUCAGAUGUGAUUUGUAAAGGUAAACACAUGCAAGAUGCAACUCAUGUCCUCAUAACAACUGACAAGAUAGAUUCAGCCAACCUCAAAAUGGAAUAUCUGCCAAUAAAAAAUAAGGUUGUACAAGAGACUUUCAAGUUUAACUUCACCGUUUGCAUCUCAAACCUUUUUGGCAACUACAACAAUGUACUGCAGUUUGCUCAAUCAAUGGAGAUGUACAAGCUUCUGGGUGUACAGCAUGUGGUCAUCUAUAAAACUAGUUGUGGACCAGACUUGGAAAAACUCUUAAAACAUUAUGAAACCGAGGGGAUGCUGGAGAUCGUUCCAUGGCCUAUCGACCAGUUUCUGAACCCUGCAUCAGGCUGGAACAUCAAGCACCACAAGGGAGACAUUCAGUAUUAUGGUCAGUUAGUAACACUCAACGAGUGCAUUUACAGGCACAUGUACCAGUCAAAGUAUGUUCUCCUGAAUGACAUUGAUGAAAUCAUCAUGCCUUACAAACACGCCAGUUUACCAUCUCUAAUGGAGGACCUCCAGUCUGCUCAUCCCAAUAUAGGGGUGUUCCUCAUAGAAAACCACAUAUUCCCUAAAACACAGUUUGAGGAGAGUGGGAAGUUCAAACGAGCAGAAUGGAAUAAUAUCCCAGGUGUCAAUAUCAUGGAGCACAUUUACAGAGAACCAAGUCGAAAAAACAUUUACAAUCCCACAAAGAUGAUUGUCAACCCAAGGAAGGUGCAGCAAACGUCAGUACACUCCUCUUUGAAAAACUUUGGAGGCAGUUUCCAUGUACCGUUUAAUGUAUGUAGGAUUGUACACGUGAGAGUCCCACUGCAGAGGCGUCUUACCAAAGAGCAACUCUUUGUAGACAAAAGAGUCUGGGACUUUGAGCAAGAGCUGAUACAGAACGUUGACCAGACUUUGAAACGUUCUGGUUUCCUGAAGGCUUAUAGUUGACAUGUUUGUAU